AUGGACUAUAACCCCGAGGCAGGUCCCUCCCGACCGCGUCCGCUCGAAGCAACCCCGCCCUCGACACCCACCGCUUCUGUCAAGGCCAAGCGCAGAUCUUGGUUUGGGAUCGCGUCGCCUGUAACUCCUCUAGGCAAGGACAAGGGCAGAGACAAGAGGCGCGAGAGUGUCGCUAGUACCGAGGAACUCGAGCUCAGCCCGGUCGUGACCUCCAGGCAAGACGAGUCCUUCGAUGAAGAAGGACUCCCCAACCAACGUCACGGACAGGAUGAGCUUCUGACGAUAGAGGGCGAGCUUGAGCAGACGGCUAAAAAGAAGAAACGGAGAUCUGGAGGUGUUGAAGAGCUACAAACUAUGAGAAUGGAGGACUUCAGCUCAAAGAAUUCGUCGAGAAACGUCUCGGACAAGACUGUUGUACCGAGCGAUGUGGACCAUGCUCCACACCCCUUCGUGUCAAGAGCGUCCUUGCGGGCGGCGAGCGACAGAGACCCUUUCUCGCUGACCGAAACGCCAUAUCAUCCACAUCAUCAUUCUGAAGCCCCUCAUAUGCUUUCUUCAUCUGGAGAGGAUGCCCCUUCCUCCUUGAUGAUCAGACCCACACCCCGUUCUUCUUCCCUACGCUCCACGCCGUCUCCGAACGUUCCAUUAAACAUCGUUGGCAAAUUACAGCCUCCUCUCCCCGUAAAUAUAGAUCGGCCACUACCUCCCCUACCUCCACCCGUCUCCACACAGGCAUCAGAGGCGCCUCAGGGUCCUUCGAAUAUAGUGAUUACCCCGAGCACACCUCGCAAGCUUACAAAGUCUUCCACUACAAAGCGGGCACAGGAUGGCGAAAGGCGCAGUAGAUCUGCUGGGCGUCCGAGGAGUCAUUCCCGGAAAAGAUCACAAAGCACAGACGCUCCUAGGAACAUAGGCCUGGGUCUCCCUUCCGUGCUCUCUGGACGGUCUCGCUCGACAUCCCGGGCCCGGCCAUCCACGUCCCCAGGCUUGCAGAGUCCCCCGCCUCCUGUUCCCUCCAAACCCCAAUCGGUAUCAUCACCCUUUCCUGUGUCACCCUUCCCUUCUCGCCCGGCUAGCCCGAGUCCAAGAAUUGCAUUCGUCGAGCCCACCAUACCGACAGACGAAAGAAUGCAGUCCAAAGAAGCUGAAGGAGAGAGAAGAGGGAGGGUUAAGAGAGCCAGGAGCCUGUCGGGGCUGUUCGGAAAGACGUCUCCUAUGGUUCCAACUGCAAAAGUAAACGAAUCCCCAUCGGUUGACAUUUCUUCCGAAGCCGAGGAAGGGAAUGAGCACAGCGGGGCGGGGAGAGUAGGAGUGCUGGAGUGGCUAGGGGUCCGAAAGACGGUCAAGCGAAAGACUUCACAAAUACAGCUCCAGGACAAGGAGACUGAAACACAACAAGCGUCGGUAGACGAAGAAAGGCAUGUUCGUUCGCCACCGCAGGAUAUACCCCUACAAGCCCCACCACCAAUACAAGCUUCUUCUUCUGAAUCUCAACGGUCUACUCCUGGUAAAUUGUCCAGCAUCUUCAACCGGCGGACGACUGGCAGAAAUAACGCAGACGAGACUGAGCCUUUAUCUAUAAACGUGGCUCGGUCAAACGCCAAGAAAGAUGAACACCCUCCCCCUUCGUCUAGCCAUUCCCAGUCGUCUUUUCAAUUGCCCACGGGCAAUCCUGUAUCCCCCUUCGUUCCGGAGGGAGGCACAGCCUGGGUAUCGAGCCCUGGUACCGAUCAUGAGGAGAUCAUUCACAGUCCUGGGGGUAGCACACACUGGGGCCCGGGGGUUCGCCCCUGGAUGGACGUCACGGAUCAUCACGUCUCCUCCAGGAACUCCGUGGCCUCAGCCCUGGAUACACUUCCCGAGCAAGAGCAGUUGCCCGCGCCACAGGAGAUGUCGCAACCGAAUAACUCUGGCCCCUUGAAAGCACUUGCAAAGUUCGGAGAAGGCAGGGCUAGAUCGUGGUCAGACGCUCCUCUACCAGCACGUCGCCCCGAACAAACUCUCAUUUCGUCCAGCAUAACCUCCCGAGAGACCCCUACGACACCCGCGACGCCUGUCACACCGAACACCCCUCAAACCCCCUCUUCACCUGUGGGAGAGUUCAAAGUACCCAUCAGGCCAAAGGUCGGCAGCCGACAAAAUUCGGGCAAUUCCGUCAUACUCGGUCGAAUGAAGAGCGUAUUUUCAAAGUCCACUAGCAGAAGCAGGAGCAACUCUUUGCUGAGACAGAGGAGUGGUGAUGUUGAUGAGUUUGGAGGUCUGGUGAGCCAACGGAUGAGGCCGUCUACUUCAUCCUCAUCCGUCGCUUCGUCUGUGCCGGGACGAAAUACAGCGGUGACUUCCGAUGAACCGCAGGCGGAGCCUCAGUACGAAGGGAAAAUUUUGGCCGGGGCAGAAAGGCCAUCAAGAACGUCCAUGACGCCUUCUUUAUCGUCAAAUAAUUCUUCUCACAGACAAUCCAUCCUUCUGGAUCCCUCGCAUGCCCAUAAACCCCUACCUCACCGCAGUCGUGUGCGGGCUUCUACAGUCUCUCUGGCACCGACGUCGUACCAUUUUACCCCUUCCUCGCCAGUGACAUUUCCUACAGCAGCCACUCCUCCUAGACGGCAAGGUACAAUACGACGUCUGUCCAAUGGACUCUUCGGGGGAUCUACUUCGCCUCAGCCUGCGUCACUCUUUCCUCUUCCUCCCAGAUCCAGUGGCUCAACAUCUUCGAUCGGUACAGGCGUACCCGGGGAUGAGUCUUCCUUUGGUACGAGCCCAAGGCCCAGUACAGGUAGUUUAACAACGAAACCAAAGGCUCUGAAAGAAGCGGCGAUUGUGCAUGAUGAGGAGACACCGAGGCAUUGGCUGAAUCGAGUAAUCGCGACUGUUGGGAGGGGCGAGAUCUCCAAUGUUCUGGCUGCAAGCGGCGACGACUUUCACACUGAUGCGUUGCGGAUGUACAUGGAAGAUUUUGAUUUCAGCCACAGCGGACUCGAUGUUGCCCUCAGGAAGUUGUUGAUGCAGAUGUCUCUUCCGAAGGAGACGCAGCAGAUCGACCGAGUGAUGGAGGCCUUCGCCAAGCAGUACGAAGUUUGCGAGCCGGGGUUGUUUGACAACGCCUAUGUUCUUGCGUUCUCCAUGAUGAUGCUUCACACAGAUGCCUUCAAUAAGCACAACAAGAACAAGAUGACGAAAGCCGACUACGUGCGAAAUUCUCGCAUGGAAGGUGUUCCUCCUUUCGUGCUCGAGACUUUCUUCGACAACAUCACUUUCACCCCAUUUGUCUUCAUUGAGGACGAUGCAGAGCUUGAAUGUAAGCGAUCUGGCGGUGCGGUCACUCCCUCGUCAUUUGGUCCCUCCACCCCGAACUUCUCGACAUUGCUCAAUGCGUCGAAUCCAUCAAAUAAAUUGAAGGUGGAUGUGUACGAUCUCAUCGUCCGCGACAUGUUGGAUUCUUUGAAGAUCGACAUGAGCAAAGAGGUCCCUGCCGAAAGCCCCUUCUCUUGUAUGGGUACAAGGCCCUUCCUCGACCUCAAUGCCCUGAGCCAGACGUUUGCUACCGCCCACAAUCUCCUUAUACCAGCACCGCAGCUGCAGAGAAAGGGUACUGGUAAAAUGGCAACGCCAGGUAAAAAACAACCAGGCAGAGCUCAUUCGGAAGGAGAUAUGUCGCUGAGAGUGACCAAAGUUGGCCUCAUCUCGCGUAAAGACGAGGGCAACGGUGAAAAUAGCAAGAAGAUUAAUCGUAAAUGGAAGUCGUGGAGCGUUGUUUUGACUCAGUCCCAACUGCUAUUUUUCAAAGACCCGACAUGGGCUUUGACUCUCCUCGAGGCACGUGCUAAAGAUGGCCAUCUGCUACUCCCUCGAAUGGCAAUGUUCAAGCCAGAUGAAGUAUUCCCCGUCAAAGAUUGUAUUGCCGUUUUCGAUCAAGCCUACACUUCUCAACCAAAUACCUUCCGCUUUGUCAUCUCGCAUCAUCAGCAGUACCUCAUGCAGGCGGCCGACGAGUUUGAAAUGAACGAAUGGGUCACACUCAUCAACUAUGCCUCUGCCUUUAAAACAGCUGGCAUCAAAAUGCACGGAGCCACGAUGAGGAAAGACCAAGCAGUUCUUGCAGGAGCUGCCGCUGCUGCGUCUCACAGGCGAGACCUCAGAGGCGGUGAAAGCCAAUCCUCUCUGCACAAUGGCAUCGGGUCUUCCUCUGGGAGAAGGGCUGUAUUCGGAGAUCCCGGCAUUCAAUCGGGACUUCAGCCGAUGAAGCCGUCUACAGGCGAGGUCAGGGGCGUAGAUGUAGAUGGCGCCAAUGAAAGAUUGCAAGAAGGCGAGCAGCUUGAAGAGGUCUUUGGUGUGGUCAAGGCAGAGCUGGCUGCGGGGCGCGGGGGCGCGGAGUCGAACCCUGCAAGCCGCAAGCAAUCGCUCCAGCAACAAGCAGACAGUCCUUAUUCCCAUGUCUCGCGAGUGGCAGUCAUCGAGAAUCAGCUCCGUGUCCUGCGAGAAAAGGUCACGCCUGUCGAAAGUGCCAUCCGAUCCUCUCUCCUUCUGGCUCGCAACAUCCAACUCCUUACCCCCUUUCAGAAAUCCACUCGUGACCAUCUAAGCUCCCUUGUGCCCUCGAUAGCCAGACGAGUGCGUACAGAACGGAUGACGCUUUCCAAGCUGCAUCUCUGGAUCAACGUGCUCCAAUGGGAAGCAGAGAGGGAGGAGCGUGAGUGGAAGGAGGUGCGGCAUGUCGCUCUCCAAGCUGCUGCACGUAGUCUGAGAGAAGAUGGCGUGAGAGGUGUUGUUCAUGAUGUCGCCAGAGACGAAGGAGAAGGUAGGAGCGUACCUGUGCUCGAACUUCCUGAGGACAAUGACGACGCGGAUGAUGGGGACCACUUCAGCACCAGUCCGGGAGAGCUUCCAAUCAUGUUCCGUCGUCCGUCAGACGACGACCGUGACCGUCGAUGGCGGCCAACUUCACGCGACACGACGAUCAGUAUCACCACCACCAGCACGGCUCCAAAUUCUCGACGCCAGACUGUAUCCUCCGACAAUCUGCUCAGCCCCAUGGAGUCUGAGCGCAAGUCGAGUGAUAUCAACGAAAGCCCUGUAUCUCGAACAGGGACUCUCGACGAUGCAGAUGUACUGGAUCGGCCGAAAGUACCGAGGAGGAAGGACAGUUAUGGAGACAUGUCCAGUGGCCGAAUGACGCCCAUGUUUGUCAUGGAAAGCCCAAUGGACAUUGGCGAAGAAGGUGCAGACCGAGAAGAUGCAUACUUCGGUCCCCAUAACGGAGAGUCAUUACGGGAUGGCAGGAGUAACGUCGCGCAUGUUGAGGAAGAGGGCGAUAUGGGAGAGGAAGCGGAAGAUUGGCAGAAGACGAAGGCGGCUAAGCGCGUUUCUUUAGUGCGCCCGGGAGAAAUGGGGGAUUGGACCACCAUGCGUCAAGUCAGUGCAGGAAGCAGGGUGGUUUAG